AUGGCCUGUUGUUUGAUUAAAAGUCUAUACAAUAGACUGGCUACUAGAGACAGGCUUUCAAAAUUUGGGAUCUCCUCAAUGGAGGAUUGUGUUCUUUGUUCUGGUGAGAAGGAAACUAGAGACCAUCUCUUCUUUCAAUGCCCAUUUACAGCUUUUAUUUGGAAACUCUGUAAAUUAAAAUUGCAAUUGGAUUCUACUGUUAUUCAAGAUCUUAGAACUGAAGCGCUGCAAAUUCAACAGAAAUUCAAGGUGAAGAAUAGAACAUACAAACUGGCAAGAUUGGUUUUAAGUGCUACUGUGUGGCAUAUCUGGCAAGAAAGAAAUCGUCGAAUCUUUCACAAUCAAAGGAUGCAUAAGAUUUUGGUGUUUAGGAGACUUUAUGAAGAUAUAAAUGUUCUUCUGAGAACCUGUAAUUGGAAGGCGGGAAAUGAAGCUGUUCUAGCCAAUUGGAGUCUGGAACCAAUUAGUCGUGAACAGUGA